GUUGCCGACUUCCACACGCUCCCAGGCCGAUUGAAUGGCUAUGCACUGGCAGGACACAACGCAAGUCACUCUGUAAGUGGAAGUAAACACUUGCUGUUGUAUGAAGACUGCCCAAGCCAUGACCUCCAAGUCACCUCUGUUCAAGGUCAUUCUAUUGGGUGAUGGCGGCGUGGGCAAGUCCUCCCUCAUGAACCGCUUCGUUACCAACAAGUUUGAUUCCCACCUCUUCCACACCAUCGGUGUGGAGUUCCUCAACAAGGAGCUGGAAGUGGACGGCCAAAGCAUCACCCUGCAGAUCUGGGACACGGCGGGCCAGGAGCGCUUCCGUAGCCUACGCACUCCCUUCUACCGGGGCUCUGACUGCUGCCUGCUCACCUUCAGCGUGGACGAUGCACUAAGCUUCCGCAACCUGGCCAACUGGAAGAAAGAGUUCACCUACUACGCCGACCUCAAGGAGCCCAACGUGUUCCCAUUUGUGGUGCUCGGCAACAAAUUGGACGUGGACAAGCGGCAAGUGUCUGGGGAGGAUGCACAACGGUGGUGCCAUGACAAUGGUGGACUUGCCUACUUUGAGACCAGCGCCAAGGAUGCUAUCAAUGUGGCGUCUGCCUUUGAAGAAGCAGUCCGUUUGAUCCUUACGCAGGAUGACCGCGAUGACCAUCUCAUUCACACCAACACGGUGGACCUAAGUAGUAAGAGCUGCUCAGAUUCCAGCUGCUGCUCAAGUGCUCUGGCCUCCUGAUAACCUUACAAUAGGACUUUCCUGGUUUCUGUUUGACUUUGGCUGUAGCAUGCUAAAUGAACUAGCUGAGGUUUGUCUGGUCAGGGCUGGCCCACGCCACCUUUGGUUUUUAAGCCAAAUUUGAUUUUGAGUAGGACUGUACCAAAACUGUAUGUCUGCACUCACACUCAACAAAAAGCUUACUUUAGCUGCUCCUUUAUUCGAUAAGGGGCAGGAGCAAAUUAACAUACAAUGCAUUCACUUGUGAUGGGCAGGUCUACAGAAUACUCAUACAUGUUGACAGAAGAUAACCCUCAGUCCAUGAUUGAUGUAAUCAUUUGAUUCAUCAACUCUUAUAACCACUGUCAAAUCACAGAGUGGCCACACACAUGGGUACAAGAACUGUGCCACAUCAUAAAAUGAUUGGAACAGUUUUAUGUAACUGUUUUAUGUUUAUGUAUUUUCAUUCAUCCAUUUUCCGAGCCGCUUAUCCUCACGAGGUUCGCGAGGGUGCUGGAGCCUUUCCCACAUAACUGCGGGCUGUAGGCAGGGUACACCCUGUAUCGGUUGCCAGCUGAUUGAAGGGCACAAGGAGACGAACAACCAUUCGUACACACACUCACACCCAGGGAAAAGUUAGACAAUUCGAUCCUGAUAUAUCAGAAUACAUCAAAUCUUGUCUAAGAAAAGCAUAAAAUUAGCUAACAUGUACAAUUUUCCUAACAAUAUAUAAAUCAUUCACUGUUUUUGAUGUGUGUUUGUCACUUACGUUCAUCAACUGGAAUGAAUGAAGGAGGUUCUGAUGUUGUUAGUACAGAACAAGAUGUUUCUGUGAGAAACAGCUGCAUUCAAUACUCUGUUCUAUUGUCAAGGGCGUAGGUUUGGUCUCAACAUUGGUAGGGACACUAUAACAGCAUAACCUGCAUGUACACUUUUUGCUGGGGACGAGAUAUUAAUAAGACCAAACAGAUUCGGUGAAUGGGGUUCAGGGCGACAUUUGUCACGAAUAUGCUGUUGUGUUUCCUACGUAAAAAUGAAAAAAGUUCAGUUGUUAUUUUCAUGGUAGAGAGGCAGUUUUAAAAAUGGGGGAAACCCCUUUGCUUUACAUAAAGGAAGCUUACAGUGGUUGUGUUUUUGUGUUUUUUUGGGGGGGGGGGUCUACCUAACCAAAACGUGGAUCUACAUGUUAGCCGACAUUGUCCUUCACCACGAGAGCAAUACGUUUGCAAGAAGAAAAGCAGCAGCAUGUGUUCCUUGACUGUCUACACUUUCCUGUGAAACAUAUACUGUGUCCUGGGACCUCUCUCUCUAAGCAGUUUCUUGCUCACAUUUUUCUGCUAUAGUGUCCAGCAGAGUUCACUACAUUUCUCACAGUUUCAUUAACUUUAACAGUAGAAAACAUACAAGGGGACACUUUCCUCUAGGCAGCUUCCUCCUAAAGGUUUGAGGUUAGCAAGUUUACACAGUUUAAUGUUAUGCUUACUCUGAUGCAGGUCGGACUUUCAGUAGCAAAAUUAGUGGCGUGUUCCCCACUCAUCAAGAGUGACUUCUUUUCACUUACUUAAGUUACAGUGGCUGCUGCUCCUGGCCGAAAAAAAACUUCCAAUAUCCCUGCUCUCGGAGGAGGUGGCAUGUUAACAUGUAUUUCUGUUGGGGUCGUGUGAGUGUGCGUGAGGGUGUAGUCAUCAGCCAAUCAAACGUGUGUUUGGUAGAGGUGGUGGUGGGGGGGACGAGCACAUUCAGCAAAUUAAAAGGGGUAAAUGUAAGUCUGAAUACUGUUUAAUGAAAAUAAUUCACUUAAUAAUGGUUGGGUCAAUUCUAUCCUGACAACAUAUGGGAAGACAACCAAAAUUACCAAUAUAACUGAACAAAUUAUAUAAUGUAAAAAAAGGUUGCUUAAAAGUUGGUAUGGACAUUUUGAGCAUCCUAAAAAGUUGGUAGUGUUAUGCCCCUACUGUCCCAAACCUACGCCCUUGUCCAUAGUACUGAUUACUAAUAAAGAAAUGAAAAGAGUAGAUUGGCGAGUAAUUAAGUAAAGAGUAAUAAAAGCCUUUUUUGGGGGAGGGGGGGGAAGAGUCUUUUUCAUAUGUUUGGUAGAUUCGGCGCAUAUAGUGUAUUAUAUGUACUAAUAUACUGUAUAUCCAUCCAUUUUCACACUGCUUUUCAUGUUCAAACAGAUGAAAAUAUGUUUAACUGAAAUAGCUAAAGAAAAAGUGCUUUUAGU